AUGUCCAUGUCCUCCUCCUCACCAUCGUCACUAUCUCUACCAUCAGAGACGUUCGUGCUCGAGCGAUGUCUCUUCCGCGAGAACAACGUGUGGAUCUACCGCGUGCCGGCCACGCACGUGACGUCGCUCGCCCCUCGCGCCGACGCGUGGGACAUUGAGCGUCCGCUCCUCACGGGUUCCAUGUGCAUUAUGCAAACAGGCGACGCGUGCGUCGUCCAACUCUUCGAGUCGCCCGUCGCGCCCGUCGCCACCCAUUUCGACGCCCCUCGUCUCUUUGCCCACUGUCCGCUGGAGAUCACACGGGCCCUUCCACUCGACGUGUACGUCCACGACUGUGUCGACUCGUCGCGCUACUUUAUGCUGCGCGUGACCGACGACCAGAGCGGUCGCCGGGCGUUUGUCGGCAUUGGCUUUCCGGACCGCACCACAGCGUUCAACUUCAAGGCGACAGUGCAGGACUAUGCCAAGUACGCGCUCCGUCAAGAGGCGAUGCAGGAGAGAGAGGGCGCAGCUGCUGACGGGAGUGAGGAGGAGGAGGGCCAUGAGGGGUCUCGUGGUCCUCCUCCGAGCACAUUGAGUCUACCGGAAGGAGCGACGAUCCGACUCAAGUUGAAGACCACUCAUUGCAGUGACGAGCGAGACAACGAGGCGCGGGCUCGACCGAGUGAUGGGGCAGGCAGUAGCAGGUGUAGUGGACAAGGUUCGGGGGCGACCGGGUCUCACGUGGUGCCAUUGAUUCCGCCGCCACCGAGCGAGUCGUUGAUGACGGCGCUAACGAGUGCAGUACCACCGGUAGUUGCUGAAGCGAAGACACAGGAUGACGAAGAGGACUGGGGUGACUUUACGUCUGCUUAG